UUUUUUUUUUCUAAUACAAAAUGGCAACUCUUGCAGACGAACUUGCAGCUGAUCUCGAUUUUACUUCUGAUGAGGAAGAACAACACAGUUCAGAUAUUGAUGAGGAGCAAGAAGCUCUAGAUAGAAUGCAAGAAGAUGAUCAAGAGUCUGAGACAAUGGAUAUGGAGGAAAGAAAAAUCAAUACAGAAGAUAAUUCAAAAAGUGUCAGGAAAAUUGCCAAAUUAUUAUAUAGUAAACAAACACAAGAAGUCCUUCAGAAAAUUGACAAGUACAUUGCACAAAAUCGUAAUGCUUCUGAUGUAGUUGGUCCAACUGAAGAAGAUGAAGAAUAUAAAUUGAUUGUUCAAUCUAAUAGUAUGACUGCAGAUGUUGAUGGUGAAAUUCAAACUGUUCAUAAAUUCAUUCGUGAUCAUUAUGCCGCCAAAUUUCCUGAACUAGAAACGCUUGUUUAUAAUCCAAUAGAAUAUGCUCGUACAGUAAAGGCAAUCGGAAAUGAAUUAGAUAUUACAAAAGUUGAUCUUCGACCCAUUUUACCUUCAGCUACCAUUAUGGUCAUUACUGUUACUGGUACAACUACAGCUGGUAAAGAAUUAACACCUGAAGAAUGGAAAUUAACAGAAGAAGCUUGUGAUAUGCUUCUUGAAUUAGAUAAUGUUCGUCGAAAGAUUAUGAAUUAUGUUGAAUCACGUAUGACUGUUAUUGCACCUAAUUUAUCGCAUAUCGUAGGUACCUCAACUGCGGCAAAAUUAUUAACGGCCGCUGGUGGAUUAACCGCGUUCUGUAAAAUCCCAGCUUGUAAUGUACAAACAAAUACUGGAUUUUCAACUGCACAUAUGGAUAGACAUGCAGGAUAUGUAUUUUACUCUGAGCCUGUGAUAUCAGCACCUAGUGAUUUAAAGAAAAAAGUCGUUAAAAUUGUCUCAGCCAAGGCUGUAUUAGCAGCUCGUAUUGAUGCUAGUCAUCGAUCUCCUCACGGUGAGGAUGGUAGAAAGAUGAGAGAAGAAAUUGAUGCUAAAAUUGAAAAGAUGCAAGAGGCACCUUCAUUAAAAGUCGUAAAAGCUUUACCUGUACCUGAUGAAGGGCCUAAAAAGAGAAGAGCGGGUAAGAGAGUGCGAAGACAGAAGGAAGCCUAUGCGAUGACAGAAUUACGUGCUGCACGUAAUAGAUUAGCAUUUGGUGAACCAGAAGAAGAAGUAGGUUAUGGUGAUGAAACAGAAGGUCUCGGUAUGGCGGCUAAGCAAAUUGGUAAAAUUAGAGCUUCUGUUGCAGAUCAAAGAAAUAAAAUUAAAGCACCUAAAUUGAAGAGCUUUACUAGUCGUAUUUCUGGCACUGCUACUUCUGGUUUAGCUUCAUCAUUGGCUUUUACUCCUGCACAAAGUAUGGAAUUAAUUGAUCCUACAGCAGCAAUAGAGCAAGCAAAGGAAAAAAGAACAGAGAAAUAUUUUGGAGAUGGUGCCUUUUCAUUGUACCCUAAGAAAUAAGUUAUAAACCUUUUCUCCUUUUCUUUUGAUUGUUUAUAAAUAUAUGAAUUUUUUUUUAUGGUUAUUAUGUAUAGAUAAAAUGGAUUCAAUUCUUGUCAUCUUUGAAUUGUUAAAGACUCUAUUUUCUGAUAAUAAAUAAAAAGAAAUAGAGACAAUACACUUAAA